UUACUUUCAAAUGACGUCUGUUUCCAAACAUGGCACACACUCAGGAACGUGCUUGGCCUCUUUGCCAGGCAGCAGCUUGUGACAGCAGGGCCUGCCGAUUCCCUUUUGAUGUUGAUAGGUUAAGACCAUGCAGGACUGGAUGUGCAGAUGAUAUAUGAUCGCACGCAGUGGAUUCGCCCAGAGGAUGAUGGCUAGCGUCCCACGCCCAGCACUGUGGCAGUUUAUAGAGUUGCUGUAAGAAUCAUUGCAAGACAAGAUGAAGGAUGGUACAUUGUAGAUGCCCAGAGCGAGAACAAAAGCAGUUGUAGUCGGGGCAUCAGAGACAUUGCUACAUGCUUUUUCAAUUCUCUGCACAAUAAAGAGCAUACAUAUUACGUGCAGGGCCCUGAAGAAGGACGUCUUGCACUUGAUUCGCGAAAUCGACAGCAAAAGGAUGAACAGCCAGAAGCCAGUCAUGUGAUACAGAUCGACUUUUACAGACGAGUCUUCUACUCGUAACGGACAUUAAUCACCAUGACCUCCACAUCGCAGCCCACUGUAGCCUCACCUGUUACAUCCUCCACACCACGUCCGGCGAUCAAGGCCACGGCAACGCCCCAUACCCGUCUCCAAGUCUACGUCCUUCCAACCCUCAGGAACAAAUAUGUCUUCCACGCACGCUUCCUCAAGCCAAGAUCACGAGUAGAAUAUUUUGCACUAGUGACUGCAUACAUAUUUCGGAAAUGGCGGUAUCAACUAUCCGAUGCAUGCGCCUUUGCGUGGCACGGAGUGGGUCACUGGGCAGGAUCGCGGACUGGUGUAUUACCAUCGGUUGGGCGUGGAAUAUGGUGGGCGGGGAACCGAAUGACGACACGAAGAGCGGCAGAUGAGUACUUUUUGAAGAGUGUACCCAAGAUUACGGAGCAUAUCGAGUUUGUGUACCCUGCAAGCGCUAAUGCAAAGCUGAUCAAGAACCAGCUUGGAGAAUUUCUGGCCAAUAGCGACCGUCACCGCUCCAAGCUGUUCCUUUGGGCUCUAGUCCUUCCUGUCGACCUUUACCUAGCAAAGUUCCACUUGGCAAUCGCCAACAUUCUCUUCUCCUACAACAUUUUUCGACUAAAUGCAUCAUGGCGAUCUAUGCAUGGGUCGAGGACACUCCAAAAAUUGCUCGAUUCAAAGGCGGUAACAUGGACUGCUAGCAAAGAGUUGGACGAGAUGAUCCAACGCAUCAGUGGUGAAGUGACCCAGCAGAUAGAGCGGGAAGUCGGCUCCCAAGGCCGGGUGUGGCGGUGGCGCCCAGAUGGAGAUUUACAUGAUGACGUUGUAGAAAAACUCGAGAGAGAUUUGAAGAUGGCUGAACUCGGCCGGACGUACAGAAGAACUCGAUUGCAGUAUUAUAUACAUGAAGGCAAGGAAUGGUAGAAGCUUUACAUGGAUAGCAAAACGAUAGAUGAUAGAAAACCCGCGGCUUUCAUGUCUGGCGUAGGUAGCAUACAUAUAUAAAAACAACGAUGAAUUAUCAUGAAACACAUCCACC